AUGACAGAGCCCAAAAAAGAAGCUAUUGAGGCAAUGUCAGAAUGUGGUCUAAGACCAAUGGAGUCUUAUAGAUAUAUGUCAACAGAAACUGGUGGAGACGACUGUGUAGGUCAUACGAUGAUUGAUCAUCUAAACUACUGCUACAAGUUAAAAAUGAAGCAAAUUGAUGGAAAGGAUUCACAAACACUAGUGAACAAACUGUAUGACUUACAAUCAAUAGAUCCUGAUCGAGUGUUUGAAACUUUUCUGAAGGCUAUGGGAGGAAAGCACCCUAUAUCAAUUUUCACUGAUCAAGAUGCAGCUAUUGCUGCUGGAAUAGAACAGGUUUUUCCUUCUUCAAGACACGGGUUAUGCUUGUGGCACUUGAGUAAAAAUGCAAAUAGUAGGUUUGGUUUAUUGAAGUCUGAUAAAAACUUCAAAAAUGCAUUCUACAAGUGUUUAAGUGGGUGUAUAACACCAAAUGAUUUUGAAGAAACUUAG